AAUGAAUCGAUACACAGUUUGGUGGGUGAAUUUACUAGUGCGAGUUCAGUGCCGCAGUAUAGCAGAAUUGUGAUCCGAUUUAGAAAACCAUGCGGGAAAACAUUCGCUAUACUUCCCUAAAAUCCAAGAAAAGAAUUACAAUUUUGGCUCACUCGCUAGUUUCGAAAACUUUCAUUAGAAAAUAUGGUAUUUUGUGUGUGAUUUUGUGCCUAGGAUUGGGUUAUCUGUACUAUCGUAGGGUGUUACACCAAAAAUACAUUUAUCAUACUUUACCGGCCUAUCAGCAGAACAUCAAUUUGAAACUGAGCCCAAAAGCACCUAGGGAUCGCUAUCAAACGGAACGAUGGCAACCAAUCGGAGAUCCAAGCAAGCGUUUCCAAAUUUAUUCGGCCUACUUCGAUUCGAGACUAGAAAUUGUCGAGGACAUGGUCGUGCCGCAAGGAGUUUUGCCCUUCGGAAGCGUUCGAAUAGUGGCGAUCCUGCCGUUGAAAUUCCGUCAAUCGAAAGUGUUUUGUCAUUUCCGAUACCGGGAUCAAUCGGAGGUUCAACGCCUGCAAGCGGAUCGGGUGGAGACGAUUCACGAGAACUUCGACAUGCCAUUUUCGGCUACGUUCGUUGUGUGCAAGCUGGUCGGCCGUGUCGAUUCUACGGAUGUUCUCCUACCGGACGAGGUAGGAUUGAGCUAUGAGGUCGAGACGGACAUGACCGAACCUAGUUUCGUAGAAAUUCACUAUCCAACGUGGAAUCUGUUGCCACAAGGAGAACAUAACCACAAUUUAGCCGUUUGUGUUGGUCCACUGCAUCACAACUUUACCAACGCCGCUAGAAUUGUAGAGUUCGUAGAAUACUGGAAGCUUCUGGGUGCAGAACGGUUUUAUUUCUAUAAUAAAACUAGUAGUGAUGACGUCAGUAAGGUGCUGCGCUACUUCGACGAACGAGGGGAAGUGGAGGUGCACGACUGGAACCUGGAAGGCUACGAAUUCGAGCAGGAUCUUCGAUACGAGGGCAUUUUCGCGGCACUGAACGAUUGCCUGUACCGGGCUACGGUGCUCGGUGAGUACUCGUACACGGCGUUGGUCGAUCUGGAUGAGUUCCUGAUGCCCGCGGAAGCGCCCGGAGGAUUGAUUCGUUUUCUAACCGCACGGGACCGGUACGAUGUCCAUUCGUUCAACUUUCAGGCAGUAUUCUUUUACGAUUUCUACGAGGAGGAUUUCUCACGGAAACCCACCUGGACUAACAACAGCUAUCUGUACACUCAGGUUCGCAACCAGAGAACCAGUGAACCGUUUGUGCUGCACAAUCGGAGCAAGUACAUUGCUAAAGGCCGGUGCGUGAUCGAAGCCGGGAAUCAUUUCGUGUGGAGAGCAUUGCGAGAUACCGAAGAGUACCACGUUCGGGAGGACGAAGGACUACUGUUCCACUAUCGGGACGGUUGCGUCGGCUAUGGCUGUGAAUCCUACGUAGAAGACAACCGGGCGCGUCGUUAUGAGAACUGGAUUUGGCCGGCCGUCGAUACCGUGUGCCGCAGUUUGUUUCCCGAAUAUGGAGGUGUGUGCCCACUAGGAGAUGGCAGUGAGUGAACUACGGAAAAGUGAACUCGUUUUCGGUUUAGUCUUUUUUUUCAAUUUUACUGCCAGCGUGACUUAAGUUAAUGUGGUCUUACAGUACUAAUCUAUGCAUUUAUUUUUAGGAGAUACAACGCAAUGAUUUUUUUAAAGUUUGA